AGUGGAGGCGAGUGGAAGGGAUUAAUGGGUGAGAUGGGGAGAUCGAAGCAGCAGCAGCACUAUCGGAGAGGAGGAGGAGGAGAGGAGGAGGAGGAGGAGGAGGAGGAGGAGGAGGAGGAGGAGGAGGAGGAGGAGGAGGAGGAGGAGGAGGAGGAGGAGGAGGAGGAGGAGGAGGAGGAGGAGGAGGAGGAGCGAGCGCUAGAGGACACAGUGUGGCAGCAAAAGAAAGCCCCACCUUCUUGUCGAGAACCCUCUUGGCAGCUUCUGCUGCUGAACUGGGCAGGACCCAGUGCUGCCUCUCCUUGCGCCUCGCUUGCGGUCGAGCCCGCCCUGCACAUUGGUGUGAACGAUGAGACCAAGUCCAGGUAUCCAUCCCACCUGCAUUGA